GAAUUAUCACUAACUCGUACAACUAAAAGAAGAAGAACUGAAGAAAGAAGGGAAGAACAGUAUUUCAAUGAAUUAUCAAUAGGUCGAGUUCAUAUAACAUUAGAUCUUGGUGUUCGUGAUAGUUGUGGUGAUGUGUGA